GCUCAGAUUCAAUCUUAUUUUAGAUGCGAACAUUUCUAUCUGAAUAAGUAAUUAUUCUAAAUAAAUAAAUAAAAGUGCGGGAAAUAUGGCUGGUCAAACAAAUGCUGGUGGCAUUGACUUAAGAACUGCUGAAGAAGUCAAAAAGGUUUUAAAUUAUGCUAAAAUACAACCAUCUGAAUUUAAACCAUUUGUACAAUGUAUCAACUUCUCUGAGAGUCUUGAGAAUGAGAACCUCAAACUUUUGGAAAUCGAUGCGUCCAUCAUGGACUCCCUUGUUGAAGGACAGCAUGUUGUUAUCCGUGGUGACAAAGCAGAUGGAGCUGUACUCUGUACAAAAGAGAAGACGUAUGAACUAAAAGAAGCAGAAACCUCCAAUUCUUUACUCAUCUUGCCAGACUGUGUCACCGAGAAUCUGGCUUCUGAUGGAGAAUUAACUAUAAAUCAUCUUCAGGUUGUUUCUUCAUUAAAGACUUACUAUGAGAUGAAACCCUGCAGAGCGAAACUGGAAAAACUGCGACAUGUGUUGGAAGAAAAUAUUUACAGCGGUCAGGAGUGUGAAGAUGAUGAAGCACACCAGGGCAAAAAGUACACCACAGAGGACCUGCUUGAUAUUGUCCAGGCUAGUGAGAAAGAGCUGUUUGCAGGGUUGAAAAAGUUAAAUAUUUGUUUUAUAAACGGUUAUUGGCGCAUGCUUGACUUUGAUUUCAAAAGUCAGGUUCUUUCCCACAUCUUACAGCUGAGUGAAGAGGAAGACGGCUGGAUGGAUUCUGGAGUUCCAUUGGAUGCUUGCUGUCAAAUACUUGAGGAACUUUAUCUUAGAUGUGUCAUUGAACAUGUUCUCAAGUGCUAUACUGAUGAAGUUGAUGGUGUAACAGGAAAGCUUUAUAAAUUGAGUGAAGAUAAAGUCUGUGCCUUCUUCGCUGAGCUGACACUAAGGAAUGCUGGGAAGUUCAACUUGGCUGAGUUCUUGGAAGUCUGGAAGCAGUGUGUUCCAGAAGGGAUGACAACCAACCUAAGACAGACCGAAGGUAUAGCUUUAGUGAGUAGGGAAUCAAAACCAGAGGUUAUAUGGUACUUCUCUGCAGAAGACUUACCUGAAGAUUUGGCAGAACGGUUUUCAAUAUUAUUUCAAGCUCGUGGAAAAUGGACCCUGGAUGAAAUUACACCUUAUCUUACGGACCUGGAGACUGGGAAACUAGAUGUAAGCAGUAUGUUACUGAAAUAUGCACGUGCUUCAACGCAAAAUGCACAGAAGAUUUAUACAUCACGAAAACCAGUUUUAUGAAAGUUGAAGACCAAAGCAGAAUGGCAUCAACGUUUGAUUGAAUCUUUUAGAAAAUGCUGUCCCGAACCCAAAAGAUGACACAACAUUAUUGUAUGCAGACAUACAUACUUAUAUGCAUACAAUCCUUUAACCCUUUAGCAUUCAGAUUACUUUAUGGAUCUUUUUUAAAACGGGGACCACAUUUUUCAUUAACGAAACACUUUGAAACUUGGAACACUGGUAGAAUGUGUCAUAUAAAACAUCUUUUUCUCUUAGUCUUCUUAAAAAAAAAAGAAAUCCAUAAAUUAUUCCAUGUUAAAGUUGUCGUAUUUCUGUAAUUUCAACCAAUCACUGACGUCCAUUCAGCCGAUAUACAUUAAGUGCCGACUACAUAAACAAACAAUUCUGAAACAAUUAACCCUAACCCAAAUAAAACGAAGGUAUGGAGAUUAAAUACGCUUUACAUCGCUUAAUCAGCCAAAGGAGUAAAUGUAAACAA